CAACACCAGAGUGCGUGAACCUCUCCGGCUCUAUUACGGUUCCCCGGCCGGCGCUGCUACAAUUCCGUCCUUUUGACCUCUCUCGUGUUUGACAGUUUACCGUACCUGAGCGCGCGCUGAAAUGGCCAACGCUCUGAAGAGCUCGUUAUUCGUUUCGCUGCCGAAAAGCGCUUACGGCGUAACGUGCGCACGCGCUUGCUCGUGGUGGUCGCACGUCGAAAUGGGCCCUCCCGACCCGAUUCUGGGAGUUACAGAAGCCUUCAAGAAAGACACAAACCCGAAGAAGAUGAACCUGGGCGUAGGAGCAUACCGCGACGACACCGGAAAACCGUACGUUCUGCCCAGCGUGCGAAAAGCCGAGGAGAUCAUUAUGUCAAAGAAGCUGGACAAAGAGUACCUGCCCAUUGGCGGUAUGUCCGAGUUCUGCAAUGCCGCCGCGCAGCUGGCUUUCGGCGAGGACAGCGAAGUCGUCAAGAACAAGCGAAACACCACCGUUCAGGGCAUUUCCGGAACGGGCUCGCUCACGAUCGGCGCUUUCUUCUUGGGCCAGUUCUUCAAGGGCAACCGCGAGAUCUACAUGCCCACUCCUACAUGGGGCAAUCACGUACCGCUUUUUAAGCGUGGCGGGCUGACUGUUAAGCAGUACCGCUACUACGACCCCCAGACUUGCGGAUUCGAUUUCAGCGGCGCGCUGCAAGAUAUCGCCAAGAUACCCGAGGAAUCCGUCAUCCUUCUUCACGCGUGCGCGCAUAACCCGACCGGCGUGGAUCCGAAACUUGAACAGUGGAAGGAAAUAUCGAAAGUGAUCAAGAGCCGCCGUCUGUUUCCGUUCCUGGACAUGGCGUACCAGGGAUUCGCCACCGGAGACAUCGACCGUGACGCGGCGGCCGUGCGGCUCUUCGCAGAAGACGGCCACGGUUUUGCAGUCUCCCAGUCUUUCGCCAAGAACAUGGGCCUGUACGGCGAGCGCGUAGGCGCAUUCACAAUGGUUUGCGGCUCUAAGGAGGAGGCGGACCGUGUCAUGUCGCAGAUCAAGAUCAUUGUUCGACCCACCUACUCGAACCCGCCCAUCCACGGCGCUCGCCUUGCGCACCUGAUUUUGACCGACCCCGAACUCCGCCAGCAGUGGCUCAAGGACGUUAAGGGCAUGGCGGAUCGCAUCAUCGGCAUGCGAACGCGACUGCGCGACGGUCUCAAGCGAGAGGGCUCCACGAAGAACUGGCAGCACAUCACCGACCAGAUCGGCAUGUUCUGUUUCACCGGCAUGACGCAAGAGCAAGUAGCGCGGCUCAUCAAGGAGUUCAGCGUGUACCUGACCAAAGACGGCCGAAUCUCAGUGGCAGGCAUCUCUUCCAACAACGUGGACUACUUGGCACAUGCGAUGCACCAAGUCACCAAGUGAAGACAGGCCUUCACCACCAGCUUAGGGCGUCGAGUUCAUCCAUACACAAGGUACCACAGUAGGCCUUCAGGUGCAGCCCUUGUAGAUUGGAUCACAGUUACAUCUACAUCAAGGAGGCUGUAGGUGACUCACGUCAAUGUCACACACUGUUGUGUUUGGCUUUAAGACUAUGGCCCCCACGUCUAUUCUCGAGUCAGUCAUCAGUGAUACUUGGGACUUUGCUGGAAGUGUCAUAUGGAAAGCAUCAACACUUUAGUCACAUGUCAAAAGGAAACCAACACCCAUUUAAUUUUUUGUCGUAAUUGGGUUAUUGCAUUGCAACUGGUGACAAUAAUUGUUGAAUUUGUAUUACCUUUUAAUAAGCAGGCUCGGUGCAUAGUUGUUCCUUAUCAAAUAUGCAAUGAUGAAAUAUUUCCUUAUUAGUAUUUCUUGCUGUAGAUUGUUUGGUCACGUUGAUCUUUUGUUGUACUUAUUUAAAUUGAAGUGUUCAUUCGCCAUGCUAGUAGUUUUCGUGAAAUAAAUUCAGCUUGAAAUGA